AUGUCGUCAUACUCCAAAUCUUCCUUCGUUGUUUCAAAAUUAAUCCUUGCCUUAUUUUUAUUCUCAUCUUCUUUCCUUUUAAAUGAAGCCACAGCAGCUUUUAGGGCGGCUCUAAACCUAACUAGGGGGUACCUAUCCAGUGCAUUAGAAAAUUCACAAGAACCAAAAGAAAGAUCAGACGAAUGGAGACAAAAUGAAUGGAAUAAGUGGGAAGAUAAAAUCGAAGAAGAAUGGGGAGAAUUCGAUGAAAAUUUAGAAGCUGAAAAGGAUGAACUGAUCAAAAUGAAUGAAAAGGAAUGGGGACCAUGGUUCGAAAGUAUCAAAAAAAAAUGGACCAAUUUCGGGAAAAAUAUAGAUGACAAAUAUAAAUCUGAAGUUUUAAAAGAAUCUUUAUACUGGCAAGAAGCGGCUUGGAGAACAUGGAUUAAAACAGAAGGAAGAGCAUUUAUACAAAGAGAUUUGGUAAAUUGGUUUACUUCCAAAGAGUCCUAUCUAUAUCGAUGGGUUUCGAACCAAUGGACCGAAUGGAAAAAUGAAAAAAUUCAAGAAUGGUUCAACAGUAAAUGGAAGCGUGAAGAAAAUGAAUACUGGGAGAAAUGGGAAAAGAAAUUGAAGCAGUUAAAUAAUUCACCCAAAAUGGUAAAUUCAAAAGAUCACGAGAAGUGGCUCAAGUGGAAAGAAAGGACGCAGCACGAACUGAACGAAUGGCAUGAAUGGGCAGAGUUCAAAGAUAACAUUUAUAUAAAUUCGAACUGGGCGAAAUGGAAGCAGUGGAAAAAUGAGAAACGGACGUUGUUUUAUAAUUGGGUGGAUUCUUAUGUGUACAAAUGGAUAAGGGAAAAUAAGUGGACUGUCUUGGUUGAUGAAAUAAAAGAAUUAACUCCUCACGAAAGUUAG